AUGUCAGAGGGAAGAGGGAGAUUGUCAUCGGUGCGCGGCAAAGGCAGCCUCCCGGUGAGAGCAGUCGCUGAGCUGCUGGAGCCGGAGACUCUGCAGCUCCUGAAGAACGAGUGCGGAGGCCUCCAGACGCUCCUCAAGAACAACCAUCAAGUCUUUAGAGUGGAAGCGGGCAGGGUCCACAUACGGGACUGGCGGGACAGGAAUCCCCGGCGGGCCGCCGGCCGGAGGAAGCCCGUUGCCCCCGGCGCCGUGAAAACCCGGCCCUGCUGGUUCCACACACACCACCCUCAGGGCUGCCCCCUACAGGCCCAACUCUGUGCCUACGCCCACGGAACCCACGACCUCCGACCCUCCACCAGACCCCUGAAGAAGAUGAAGAACACUCUGUGUUGA